AUGCCCAGUCCCCGGAGCAGCCCGGCCCGCCGCGCGGCGGCGCCAGCCCCAGCCAGUCUGCGCGGCCUGGCGUGCUCCCUGCUGGCCGCCGACCUACGGUUCUCCCGCCAGCUGGGCGUGUGCGCCGGGGAGCGCUCGGCCUGGGGCAGCGCCAGGCCCCUCCUGCGGCUCCUCGAGGUGUCCGGCCACGGCGUGCCCUGGCUGGCGGGCACCCUGUAUGGGCUGGGCCGCAGCGAGAGCCCGGCGGGCCGCGAGGUGCUGCUCAACCUGCUCUUCGCUUUGGUGCUGGAUUUAGUCCUGGUGGCGAUGGUGAAAGGGCUCGUGAGGAGACGACGUCCCACUCACAACAAGAUGGACAUGUUUGUCACUAUCUCAGUGGACAAAUAUUCCUUCCCAUCAGGCCAUGCUACCAGAGCUGCCAUGGUGUGCAGAUUUGUCCUGCACCACCUGGUGCUCGCCAUUCCUCUGCGGGUCCUGAUGGUUCUGUGGGCCAUCAUUGUGGGCAUCUCCAGAGUCAUGCUGGGCAGACACAACGUGACAGACGUGGCCUUUGGCUUCAUCAUGGGCUACAUGCAGUACAAUGUGGUGAAAUACUUCUGGCUGUCGCCCCUUAGUGCACCUGCUCUCUUUGCAGUGUGGAAUCAGUGAUGAGCACCAUGAAAAGGAAGAGGCACACAUUGCUGCACAGAGAGUGUGAACCGGGACUGGAUGAAAGAAUCAUCAAAAGAAUCAUCAUAAGCCUCAUCUGACAAGCAAGACUGAUGAUAUCAGCAAGGUAUUCAUGCUUCAUUCUGUGGGAUAUGUGGACUCCGGUUGGGACAAAAUGAGAUCUGUUGGAAAGCUAUUCUUGGUGCCAUCUUGCUCUUAAUGUGCUGCUGGGCCAAAGCAUGUACCAGCCCGUACAGUUGCACUGACCAUCCCAGGAUACAAUCACUCCACAUCUCCUGGUGCUGUAGAAGUUGGAUGGAGAUCUGCACACUAGCCAAGCAGCUAAUUCUUAUUUUCUUGGUAUUUAAGAACAUGCAUAAGUAAGAUUUGUGGUUAGUAGAAAUACUGUAAAUCAGCACACAGCAGAGGAUGCCUGUAGUAUAACCGACUUACUAUCUCAUAUAGCAUAAAGAGUAGAUGUAACUUCUUACAAAUAUUGUUAGAUAGAGACAGUUUUCAGCAAGUAACUAUGUGCUGUAAAUAUACUGAUUGGUGCUGUGGUGGCUGAUUAAUAGUGGGUGUGCCCCCUAGUGGCUUUAGUACAUUAUUCUGAGUUGCGGGGUGGAUGCACUUCCUCUGCUGUCUCUUCUAUAACAUUGAGAUUACCAAGGUUUUGUAAAUCAAUUCCUUCUCCUUCUGAAGCUGCCUGCCCCUCGCUUGCCAGCCACAUUCCAGUUACAGAGCCUCACUUUUUCAAGUGGGUGGCUUGUUGGAAAGGUGAAGGCAUCUGGCCUUGGGAACUGGCAAUUUUGGGAGUGGAAAUGCACAAAUAGGGUCUUAAUAAAGCGUGGAAUGAA